AGACAUAGCACAUAGCUUUAUUUAGAAAUAAGCAUUCAAGUUUUUCCAAAUUGAUGGCAUUUAGGGUGCAAAAAUUGCCGGUGAGACGUCUAUAAAAUAUGUUCAAAAACACGUUCCAGAGUGGCUUCCUGUCCAUACUCUAUAGUAUUGGAAGUAAACCCUUGCAAAUUUGGGAUAAAAAGGUUAAAAAUGGUCACAUCAAGAGGAUCACUGAUGAGGAUAUUCAAUCCCUGGUACUUGAAGUAGUUGGCUCCAAUGUGAGCACCACAUACAUAACAUGUCCGGCAGAUCCAAGGAAAACUUUAGGAAUCAAAUUACCUUUCCUCGUAAUGAUAGUAAAGAAUUUAAAGAAAUAUUUCACAUUUGAAGUUCAAAUUUUAGAUGAUAAAAAUGUGAGGAGGAGGUUUAGGGCAAGUAAUUAUCAAUCAACGACAAGGGUAAAACCAUUCAUAUGCACAAUGCCAAUGAGACUUGACGAUGGUUGGAAUCAAAUACAAUUUAAUGUGGCUGAUUUUACAAGGCGCGCUUAUGGCACAAACUACGUUGAAACGUUACGAGUACAAGUUCAUGCUAAUUGUCGUAUAAGAAGGGUUUACUUCUCUGAUAGGCUUUACUCUGAGGAUGAAUUACCUUCUGAGUUCAAGCUGUUUUUGCCUAUACAGAAUAAAACAAAAACGUCAGUCUCACAAUGUUAGGUACAUGCACUGUUUUUUUUAUAAAUAAUUGAUCGAUAUUUUACGUCGACAAUUCAUUAAUUCUUGGCACAUGAUAGGUGUAAUUAAUUAAAUUAAUAUAAAUAAUUGAUAGCACCAAACAAAUUUUUUAAAGCAAUUUUUGCUUAGGUAUAAUGGAAUUGAUAUCGAAAUUG